AUGGAACUCCUUGCCAUUCUCCUCUGCUUCCUAGCCGGCGUACGGAACGAUAACAUGACCACCGUUAAGUACGGCCCUCGCUGGCGAGCGCUCCGGUGCAACCUCGCCGCCGGGAUCCUCCACCCGUCUCGCCUGGCUUCUGUCGCUCCGCUGCAGCAGGAGGCUGCCAAGACCCUCGUCGACGGCAUAUCUUCCAGAUGUGAGGAGGCGGCCGUCCGCAUCCGCGGGCCCGUCACCACCACUGCGUUCGCGCUCUCCGCGCGCCUGUGCUUCGGCGAUGCGGUGGACGCCAACCUCCGGCGCGCCAUGGGCCAAGUAACGCGUGACUCCAUGGUCGUCAUCGGGGAGCUCGGCCCCAGGUUUGACGGCUCGAUGAUGUCCAAGCUUGUCAACUGGAGGGGGCUUAACCGGAUCUCCGCCUUGCUCGACCGGCAGGCCGAGCUGUACCGGCCCCAGAUCGCGGAGGCACGGAUGCAGUCACAGUCAUCUCAUCCUCGGCUUUGCGGAGGUGUCGUCCCACCAUAUGUCGACUCCCUCGUUGCUCUCCGUGUUCCCGACGACGACGAUGAUGAUGCCCCUAACGGCGAUGGCCGUCGUCCGCUCCGAGAGACCGAGGUGGUCGGGCUCUUGUUCGAGUUCCUCGGCGCAGGCACAGGGUCGGUGGUGGCCUGUCUCGAGUGGACCCUCGCCCACCUCGUGGACCAACCGGACAUCCAAAGUAAGCUACGCCGCGAGAUCAUCCACGCCGAAGGCUCCGGGAAGAGCCUCCGCAGCAUGCCAUACCUGAAUGCCGUGGUGCUCGAGAGCCUCCGCAUGCACCCGCCGGUGCCGUUCACCUUGCGCGGCGCCCAGGGCGAGGGCGCCAAGGCAGUUGGCGUGCCGGCCGACGACUUGAGGGUGUUCUUCAAUUUAGGCCACAUCGGAAGGGACAAGAAAACUUGGACGGACCCCGACGAGUACCGGCCGGAGCGGUUCCUUCCCUUGGGCGAGGCGGAGCACGUCGGGCCGACGCCGGGACAAAAGGAGAUAAGAAUGAUGCCGUUCGGUGCCGGGCAUAGGCACUGCCCUGGCGUCGGCAUGGGAAUGAUGCUCAUUAAGUGCUUUCUUGCCGCCCUCGUCCGCGAGUUUGAGUGGGCGCCGUCGGCCCAAGGCCAUUCCGGCGGCAUUGACAUGACAGAGCUAGACGGGUUCCUGAAAAUGAUGAAGACGCCACUUUCAGCGAGUGUCACGCGACGCCGUUAA